UGACCAUACUACUUUAAGUGGAUAAUUGUCCAGGUACAUAUAUUAGGGGAGGUGCUAGGUGGGUAGUCAUCAGUCAUCAGUUCACCUAUUCAGUUCAUCAGUCUUCACCUAUUGGUUUUCUCAUUAGAAUUAUAGAACGAAGCACGGAAUCAAAACGUGAGAAAUAUGGGGAAAUUUUCCAUCGCUCCGGUGGUUGUCUGCGUACUAGUUGGGGUUUCAGUCAUUCCAUUGAGCGAGUGUCACCCCGCCGAUCAAGGAAUGUCACAAAAGGAAUGCGACAAUGAUUUGGAUCAACUUCUGAAGAGAACUUUCACGACUGAAUUUCGCACUGGAUAUGUAAAAAUAAAAGGAAUGACAAUACCUAACGUUUACCUAGAUAUUGCGGAUUCUAUCGAAAAUUUAAAGAUCUGGGAUGACGACGUAUGGGUUUGCAGUUUUCCAAAAUCAGGAACUACAUGGACGCAAGAAAUGGUCUGGCUACUCGGUCACGAUCUCGAUAUCAAAGGAGCGGAAGAAGAUUUGACAAUUCGUUUUCCAUUCCUCGAAGCAUCGGGUCGUUUUAAUAAUACAGCAAUAGUCGAGAAGUUCCCGGAAGUAGCGAAUCAUGGAUUUGUGCAGGAUAGUGUGAAAUACGUGGAGGACCUACCACGCCCAAGAUACAUAAAAUGUCAUCUUCCAUUUCACCUUCUACCUCGCGACCUCCGAGAGGGACGUACCAAGACGAAGAUUGUGUAUGUCUACAGGAAUCCAAAGGAUGUGUGCAUAUCUUUCUAUCAUCAUGCCAAACACUUCGCAUUCCGGGGAAAUUUCAAGGAGUUCGCCACGCUUUUUCGGAAUGACAGAGUUCCUUACGCGCCAUACUGGAAUCACAUAUUCGGUUAUUGGAACAAACGAAAUGAUCCCUCGUACAACAUAUUAUUUAUCAAGUAUGAAGAAAUGAAAUCGGAUUUGGCAUCGGCGAUCGACAGAGUAUUGACAUUCCUAAACAAGCCCAAACUAUGCUCAGAAGAAUUAAGCCUAGUGAUGGACCACUUGAGUUUCGGAAAAAUGAAGAAUAAUAAAGCGGUCAAUCACCAAAGCAUGUUUGAGUUCACGAAGAAGUACCUCAACGCCGUAGGAAACGCAGAAUUCAUACGACGAGGACAAGUGAACCAGUGGAAAACUGAAAUGACCCCCGAGAUUCUGAAAAAAUUCGACGAUUGGAUCUCGAAAAAUCUAAAAAACUCAGAUUUUUCAUUGUGAGCCUACUUUAUCAGCAAGAUUUUCAUUUGUUUUUUUUCGACCUCUCACCGAUUCACUGAAUUUUUUAUGAAAUGGAAUCAUUUUUUUCUAUGAAAGUUCAAUUCAUUUUAAGGCAGAGAUCGGCAGGAAAAUAAUUUCCAUUAUUAAUAUUUCAUUAGAAUAUCUGAUUGAUUAGGAAAAUUAAUUUAA